AGCGCGGGCCAUGUCAGCGAAUAGAGCCGAGCGCAUUUACGUACAAAUCGUACGAGUUUUCGCUGUCGUGGAGAAUGAAGCCCAUCAUACAUCUGUAAGCGUGCCAGAAAGACGCAUCUUUCCCAGAACCACUGUGAAUUCUCUGUGUGCAACGCAUACGACAGAGGAAAGCUCGCGGCCUAGCCAGCCCCGCAUCCCGCCGGCAGCAGGCCGCGCUGCCCACAGCCGAGCGCCGCUCGCAGACGCGGCGGAACGCAGCGCUGCCCGGGAGGCGGGGAGGGCUGCGGCGCGUUGAGGCCCAGCGCGGAGGACUGUGCUAUGCACCAUCUCAGCUCUAACACCGACCAUAUUUUUUGAGAAAAUUUGUUACACUGUUAGGAACACUCGAUUGUUUCUGAUCUUUGCCUUGGCUGUAAUCUGGGUUUUCUUCCAACCGCAUAGAAUUCUUUGAGGAAAAAUCAUCUGCAUCUCAGGCAGGGAUAAAGGAGAAGAUUGAUGCUGUGCCUGCUCUACCUUUCCAAGACAUUCUCUAUACUUUCUUGUGUGCAUUUUUAUUUUGUCUUGGUUUAUCAGUAGAAGUUGGCUGCACUAAGAAAAGGUAGACUAUGGUUUUGAAUCUGUGGAGAUGCAUAGCUGAAGCAAGGCACUUACCCCAAAUGUUUUUGGAGAGGGUGGGUUUUUUUUCCCAAGGGUUAGCUCCUUAGUUUUUAAACUGAGACAGGGGAGGUUUAGGUUAGAUGUUAGGAGGAAGUCUUUUACUCAGAGGGUGGUGACACGCUGGAACAGGCUGCCCAGAGAGGUUGUGGAUGCCCCAUCCCUGAGGCAUUCAAGGCCAGGCUGGAUGUGGCUCUGGGCAGCCUGGUCUGGUGGUUGGUGACCCUGCACACAGCAGUGGGGUUGGAACUAGAUGAUCAUUGUGGUCCUUUUCAACCCAGGCCAUUCUGUGAUUCUAUGAUGAUUCUAUGAUUAGUUAGCAGAAAACCUCUCAGACUGGUUUGUUUUUCCCCAUGCAUUGAUUUUCAUUUUUAAAAACUUCUGGUUCUGCACGAUGUUUUAGGAUGACUGUAUUUCAAACUUGAAGUAGCCUACUUUUUUUGUUUGUUUUCCCUUUAAGAGCAAACUGACUUGUUAAAUCUCUAUUGAUCACCAUUGCUAAUUCUUGUACACACAGUGACUCAUUACGCCAUGCAUUCAAGUGUGAGAGAUGGUUAUGAUUUGGUAAGAAAGGACCUCAGCAGUUCAGUAUUACAGAGCGUAAUUAAAAAUGCAAGCCCGUUUCUACCUUCACUUGGAAUUCAGAUGGAUGUUCUCAUACUUUGCUGAAGUUAAGUAGAAUGGGAAUGCCUUGUGUAGUUGUAGGAGAGAUUCGGAUGCUUAUUUUGUACUGCACUGAAUUACGAUAUCAUUCAUCCUUUUGUUCUUGCAGCUCUACAAGAACAAUUAUUAUGCAUUUCAUAAAUUCAGAAAAAGAAUGUUAUUGCAUAUGCACCUUUUUCUUGAAUUUCUUCUCAGAACAAGGAAGACCACAGAACUCUGCUGACUGACUUUGCUGAGUGAGGAGGUCACUCAGUUCUCCUUGCUGUUUGUCAUACGAGCUGAGGAAAGCACUUCUUUGGAAGUGAUGUCUGGACAUAAAUAUUUAAAAAUGUCUGACCAGAAAAAUAUUAUAUACAGAAUCCAUUGUAUUGAAAAGUUACUCUCUGAGAACAAUUUCCAAGAUAUUGAGGAUCAUCUUAGAGAGCUUGAAGAUGUCAGUAUGACUGUAGAAUAUCUUCAGGAGACUGAAGUUGUCAAGAUUGUAUACAGAGUACUCAAGAGCUGCCCUUCAGCACAGCUGAAGAAGAAAGCAAAGCAGCUGUUAUCAAGAUGGAAAGCACUUUACAAGAAUAGCCAUCUUCAGUCAGUGCAAGGCAAGAAGUCAGUUUCUGUGUGUGUGGGUGAGGAAUCUGAACAUCUUGGGAUUCCUGGAGAGCAGUUGCUGUCUGAAGGCCCUUGUCAGCAGGUGGUAUUAGGUGCUGCCCCUUCUAAAAUGUUGGUCCCACCACAAACCAUUAAAAAAGUGGUAAGUAACAACGCAGAGGGCAGCAUAGAUCAGCUUUCCCCUUUUGAGGAAGGACGCAUCGAUAAUGAAGGUUCUAAACCUCUUGUUAAUGAAGCAGGCUUGCAGCAGGAUCACAUGAGAGCUCUGAGGUGUAAAUGCACAGAUCUUCUUUAUAAAGCUUUGACUGGUUCUGCCAAAGACUGCCAAGACAAAGAAGAAACUGAUAAAUGGCUAGAGCUGUCUAAAGAAAUUGAAGAACAUGUUUUUUCUCUUCAUUCUAAAAAUGACAAAAAGUAUAAAAAUUGCAUCAGAAGUAAAAUCUCUAACCUGAAGAACCCUAAAAGUUGCAACUUAAAACAUAACCUUUUUUCAGGGACUUUGAGUCCAAAGGCUUUUGCCGAGAUGACAGUGAUGGAAAUGGCCGGUGAUGAACUGAAACAGCUCAGGGCCCUGUACACAGAGUCCUCCAUUCAAGAACAUCAGCUUCCACAAGUUAUUAAUGGCACACAGACAAGCAAAAUAAAGUGUAGGCGCUGUGAAAAAUUUGAUUGCACUGUCACUAUGAUUGCCAGAGGAACUCUCUUUCUUCCAGGCUGGGUGCGAAACACAAAUCCAGAUGAACAAAUGUUGACCUUUGUUAUUUGUAAUGAAUGUGGAGAACAAUGGUAUCACAGCAGGUGGAUUUGUUUGUAAUGCUCACUCACUUUAAGAAGUCACUCAAAAGCACAGAUAAGAGAAGAUGUCUCUUGAAACCGUGUAGUGUAAAAGCGGAUAUUGACACUACGUAGACACAAAAAUUGCAAAAGCACUUUUAAAAGUUGCUAAGUUAUUUUUGAAGAUUUACUGAAAUUUGUUUGGUUGAGGUUUCUUUGUUUGCUUUUUUUUUUUAAAGUGGUAUGGCUAUGUGUUAAAAAAAAUAAAUAAAUAAAGGGUCCUAUUUAGCGAACUUAAUUUUCUUGUAUGACAAGAACAUCUAAUUGAUGAAGGGAAGCCAUCUGAUGACAUCUUUUUCAUUUUCGUUGAAGCUUUCAAUACUGUUUCUGACAGAAUGCUUCUGAACAAAAUGCCCUACAGUUAACCAAAAAACAUAAAGUGAUGUGUGAGCAGUCGGCUGAUGGGAUCAGUCCAAAGGGUUAUAGUAAAUGGAGUUACAUCAGGAUAGUAGCUGCUCACUAGUGCAAUUCCCCAGAGCUCCAUUUUAAAUCCAGUUCUCUUCAAUGUUCUCACAAAUUACUUGUAUGUAGGAGGUGUUUUGAGCAAGUCUGCUGAUGAUACUAAAUUGGGAAGAGCUACUGACUCCGUUGAGGUUGAAGAGGCCUUGCAGAGAGAUCUUGACAAAUUAGAGGACUAGGCAAUCACCAACAAGAGCAAGUGCUGGAUUCUGCACCUGGGAAAGCUUCUGCACCUGGGAAAGUUCAGACUGCUGAACUAGAGGCUGGAAAGCAGCCCACAUGGAAAGGGAUCUGGAAGGUUCAGGUUUAUGGCAAGUUGAACGUGAGCCAGCAGUGUGCCCUGGCAGCCUAAAGGGUCAACCAUACCCUGGUGUGCACCAGGCCUGGUACUGCUGGGCAAGGGGAGGGGUUGUUCCGCUCUGCACUGUGCAGCCUCACCUCCUGCACUGGGUGCAAGUUUGGGUGCUACAAUGUAAGAAGGACAUGGAACUAUUAGAGAGCAUCCAAAGGAAGGCAAUGAAGUUGGUGUAAAGUCUGGAGGGUAAGUUGUAUGAGGAGCGACUGAGGUCUCUUGGUUGGCUCAGUGCAGAGCAGAGGAGCUGAGGGGGGACCUGACAGCGGCUGCAGCUCCUCACAGGGAGCGGAGGGGCAGCGCUGAGCUCUGCUCUGUGUGACAGCGACAGGGCCCGAGGGAACGGCGUGGAGCUGCGUCAGGGGAGGGCGGCUGGGGGUCAGGGAAAGGGGCUGCACCACAGGGUGGGCGGGGAACGGGAUGCACAGGGCUGUUAAUACUCAUUAAUACUUGCACCCUCAGGAUUGCAAACUGACUAUUUUUAAGUAGUUUUCUGUGGUAAUCCAAUGCAAGCAGGCAUUCUUCCAUUUCCUUCCUUCUCAGUCAAAAUCAAACCUGAUAACAGUUUUUAACUGUAUUUGUUACAAAGCUAGACAUUAAAAGAUUAAAAUAUGUGUGCAAAUUUUGUGAAACUCAUUAAUAGAAUUUCUGUUCCUGCUAGAAAAGCUGGAGUCCUUUGCUUUACCCAGAAGUUACUUGUUCUGUUUAAACUGCUAUAAAAUAGAUAGCUGCUAAGUUCUUGAUAUUACCUUAAAGCCAGGCACAAAAUAAUUCUGCUUCUGAACUAGGUUGCAAUCUGGGUUAAGGCAGAGGCCUGGAAGUACUGGUGGAAAAGAAAACACUGGGAGGCAGGGAAAAUGAGGAGAGCCUGCUGUAAUUAUGUUAUAUAAAUAUAUAGGAAACAAGGCCUUGCUUAUUCCAGCAUUGGUGGAAAAAUCUUGUCUAGUUUCAGUUUCACACCUAGUUCAUUUUGAUAGAUGUGUGAAAAUCUAGCAUUUAGCAAUUGGAGAAACUGAAUACAAAAUCACAAGUCUUCUUAUUACUUUCUUGAUCAUCUCACACCGUCAGUUAUUUUAACCUAACACAGUUCAUUACCACUUCAUUUUUUUCCAUCUGUGAUUGUAUCCACUCCUCAUGACUGAAAAGAUUUAGCAUAAAACAGGUGUCCUGUGGUGUCAUGUGCUGCUACGUAUCAGUACUCUGCAGACGUGCAAGUGCCAAAUGUGAGUGGCAAUCACCCAGACAAUCACUCAGGUGAGUCAUGCAGACUUUGCUCUUAUUUGAAAAGGUGCGGUCUCAGUUUCACUAUGCAAAGUACCGUUCCAGGCUGCAGUCUGUCAAUAGGUUAUGUCGUCUCUACCUGGACUGUGUAAGUGCCCAAGCUUAAAAUGUUUGCCUGGAUAAGAUUAUGUGCUUUGGCUCAAAUUGGCUCUGAAGAGUCAACCUGCAACCAGACAUCGUGUGCACCAGCAUGAGAGUAGAGAUUACUGGAACACAGGGAAUGUCAGAACCCCAAAGCAAGAAUAAAAAGGAAGCUUUGAAAGGUGAAA